UUCCAGUGUCUCCAUAACUCGGCUCUGCCGCGGUGUGCGCGCGCGUGUUUAAACUUGGGAGGUCCCAGCAGUUUGCAAGCGUGGGUGAAGGGUUUCCGCAAAGUCCCGUGGACGGCAGAGCGAGCGCGAGAGGUAGAACCGACUGGAAGAGUGGCGGCCACUCAGGACGCAGCGUCCUCUCCGUCCGCCCUCGGGGCUCGUGCUGCCUCACCUUUCAGUAACUCCUGCCUCCUGGUUGACUGGGGGUUCUCCAAGAUAGUCGUGCUCGGGACUAUUCGGGCUUCAUUUAGGAACACAGAUGAAGUUGGAGCCCUUGUUUUUGACAUUGGGUCCUAUACUGUGAGAGCCGGUUAUGCUGGUGAGGACUGUCCCAAGGUGGAUUUCCCCACAGCCAUCGGAAUGGUGCUAGAAAGAGAUGAUGGAAGCACACUGAUGGAAAUAGAUGGCGAUAAAGGCAAACAAGGCGGCCCCACCUAUUACAUAGAUACCAAUGCCCUGCGUGUUCCGAGGGAGAAUACGGAGGCCAUUUCACCACUCAAAAAUGGGAUGGGUACGAUGUCUUUUUCUAGCGACUUGAUUAUAAAUAGAGAGUUUUUCAUCCCUAGAUUUCCAUUUGCCAAUGGUCGUUCUACUGGGCUCAUUUUGGACAGUGGAGCCACUCAUACCACUGCGAUUCCAGUUCACGAUGGCUAUGUCCUUCAGCAAGGUAUUGUGAAAUCGCCUCUUGCUGGAGACUUUAUUACUAUGCAAUGCAGAGAACUCUUCCAAGAAAUGAACAUAGAACUGAUUCCUCCGUAUAUGAUUGCAUCAAAAGAACCUGUGCGGGAAGGAUCUCCGGCAAACUGGAAAAGAAAAGAGAAGUUGCCUCAGGUGACAAGGUCUUGGCACAAUUAUAUGUGUAAUUGUGUGAUUCAGGAUUUUCAAGCUUCAGUACUUCAAGUGUCAGAUUCAACUUACGAUGAACAGGUGGCUGCACAGAUGCCCACCGUUCAUUACGAAUUCCCUAAUGGCUACAACUGUGAUUUUGGAGCAGAACGGUUAAAGAUUCCUGAAGGAUUAUUUGACCCUUCCAAUGUAAAGGGAUUAUCAGGAAACACGAUGUUGGGAGUCAGUCAUGUUGUCACUACGAGUGUUGGAAUGUGCGAUAUUGACAUCAGACCAGUAAGUGCCAGUCUCCUGUUUGAUGGUAUAAAGGUAUCUUUUAGCGCAGUGGAGUGCUGCGCCAAACUCAUUUUUAAGUUUAAGUUGGCAGGUUUGGGCGUUGACUUUGAAGUCCCUUUUACAACAGAAUGUGUAAAAAGAUGAAGUACUAGGAAAGGA